AUGACGGGGGCCAGAACAUCAGCCGGUAUCAAAAAACGAUCGACGACGACUUCGAAAAAGCCGUCGUCUGGCCUCAGGGUGCCGGUCGUUCCAGACCCCAUCGACCAAGAAAAUGCCACGGCCCGGCAGCAACUGUACUUCGCUUUCGGUUCGAACCUCUCACAUAGCCAAAUGCACCAGCGAUGCAAGUCUGCCCCGGAAAUAUCAGCCAGACCCCUCGCUAUAGCCGCUCUGGAUGGCUGGCGAUGGAUCAUCAACGAGAGGGGUUACGCCAGCGUCGUGCCUGUGCGGGGGUUCCAGGAUUACUUCGACGGUGAUGGUGGUGGCGGUGCUGGUGGUGGCCCGACUGCAGCGUAUGACGAGGGUGACGAAGAGCAGCAGCAGCAGCAGCAGCAGCAGCAGCAACAGCAGCGUGUUUACGGAAUCAUUUACUCCAUGGCAUCCCAGGACGAGCGGCGUCUAGACCGGCAUGAGGGCGUUGAUCGCAGUGCCCGCGCGUUGGCCCCGACCCACCCACCACUCGGGCAUGCUCGCCCCCGCGAGCAGGGCCAGGGCCACUACAACAAAUGGUAUCUGCCCGUAACCGUCACGAAGUGGCUCGACGAGGAGUUCCGGGCGAGCGUCGCGACAGAGAGCAUCGAGGACGGCGCGGAGCGCUUGACUGCGCUGGUGUAUAUCGAUGAGUAUAAUGCUGUUGAGGGCAAGCCCAAGCUGGAGUAUAUCGCGCGGAUGAACCGUGGGAUCAGGGAGGCGGUGGCAUUGGGGUUGCCGUCGGCGUGGGUUGAGGCGGUGAUGAGGAGGUUUAUACCUGCAGAGUAA